CGUUUGGACACUGUUGAGCAGCACCAUGAGCGAGACCGGACGAGAGAGCGUAGACGAGCGAGGCUCACUGCUCAGCACCAAGUCUAUGCACCCCGAGCCGGACACCGCUACGAAAAUCGUCAAGAGGAUCCGAGCACUCGUCAUCAAGCUUCUACCCGUUCAAGUGGAGAUUGACCAGAUAUCAGAUGCGACGUCUAGCAUCAUCACGCCAAAGGUUAUCGAAGCAUUUGCUAAAGCGGGUGGUGAUUUCGCAGAGGCAGUUCCAUUCUGUCUCCUGCGUGCUAGAGCACUCUUCAUUCGGGAAGGAUAUCACAAUCCUCCAGACUAUGAUGAAUGUCGAUGUAGAGCGGUCGCUUGUGAAGUCUUGGCGAGGCGGAUCGUCCAUAUCCUUCCUAAGGACAGGUUGGAAUCGGUCAUGAGUGGGAGACAUCGAUACAGGGAGAGUGAUGGAGAUAUAUCAGCUCCUGUCAGCUGUCUAGAAAUGGCGAUUGACCAGCAUUGUACCAUCUUCCUGUCAUCCUCGGAAUCGCAACACGUCGUCAAUUCUCUCUGGAGGGGAGACUGGGUUCAGCGAAAUAAUGAAAACAACGACAUUGACUAUGAAAAGUAUGAAAAGGUUGAAUCGGGUUACUUUUGGGACCAUAUCAACCCUCAGAGGCUUGGUGUACCGAGGUAUCAGACCUUGUUCAGGCAAAUCACUUGGCUAGUGUAUCUAUUUGUCUACUCCCGAACUGUGCAGAGCCCCCUCGAGUCGCUCGACCCCGAACACGUCUUUGAUGAAUGGGAGAUUGUGCUAUACACCAUGACCCUUGCGUACCUGAUCGAAGAGCUCUACAAGCUUUUCAAGGUCAUCAGGAUCACUCCCAGGCUUUUUGCGACCAUUAAUUUUUGGACCAUCAUCAAUUUCCUCACUGACGGCUUGCUGGUCUCUGCAUUUGUACUUCGAGUGAUUGGCCUUACACUGGAUCAAGAGAAAGACGAUCAAGCCCAAUACCUACAAUUCAAAAGUUUCCAAGUGCUCAGUUGCGUCGCCCCAUUGAUAUGGAUCAAGCUUUUGACCGUGUUUGACGGAUUCAAAGUCGUGGGAACACUUCAGGUCGUCGUGUUCAGAAUGCUGCGCGAAUCGGCCAUCUUCUUCAUCUUGCUCGCCAUUAUGGCUAUUGGAUUCUUGCAAUCACUCUACGCCCUCGAUGCAGCGGAUGGAGAAGCGGGAGGAACGGGAAUAGUCAUCAAUGGUUUGAUUCAAGCACUGUUGGGAUCUCCAGACUUUGACACGCCGUCAUCCAGAUUUGGCUACCCAUUUGGCUUGAUCGUCUACUAUUCGUGGAACUUUCUCGCGACCAUCAUCCUCGUUAAUGUCCUCAUCGCCUUGUUCGGCUCUGCAUAUUCUGACGUCGAGGAGAAUGCGACGGACGAGUACUUGGCCUUUUUUGCGAACAAGACCAUCGAUCUCAUCCGUGCACCAGAUUCAUAUGUCUACCCCGCUCCCUUCAACCUUCUGGAAGCAUUCUUUAUCGCCCCACUGGAGUGGAUUCUCCCUUCAACCUGGUAUGUCAAGCUCAACCGAAUCAUUCUUUCCACCAUUUUCGCGAUCCCACUCAUCAUUAUCGCCCUGUUCGAAUCACAAAUCAGUCAUCCAGCCUCACGCAAGAGGCUACAGCUCUUGUUUGGCGAUACGGGAGGCUCAGCGCGGGAGGAAGAAGACGAUCCAAAGGUUUUAGACCCUGAUGGAGGAGAAGAUGACGAAGGAGAGAUCAGUCGCGUAUCGUACAAAGAGCUCGUGUCAGAGUUCCCCAACACGACGAUCACUGAGAGCGCUGUGAUUGAACAUGAGAUGCGAAUCAUGCAGAAAAAGCUGGACGAGAUGGAACGUUUGCUCAAGUCUUUAGCUGGAAAGGAGUCCAGGGAGAGGGACGAGGGGAAAACCUGAUCAUGGCGCGCGGCGAAUCGAUGCGGAAAUAAGAUAGAGGAACGUCUCGAACAUAUCUCUGUAUCAUGGGUAGACAGAGGUGCAGCACGCAUUUGCAAACAUGAAAACAAGAGCGUUCAA